UUACCCUGCAAGAUUCACAGUCUGUCUAAAAUCUCAGUCUGGGACUAAAAACUCUAAACUCUUGUCUUUAGAUGUGAGCAGGUGUGAGUUGAUAAUUUUCCGAGAGUCUUUUCCAAAUAUUUACAAAUGUUUCUGGUGUAGAGGUAGCAUAAGAAGAACUAAACAACAUUCUCCGGACAGAAGUGGCCGAGUGGCUCUUCACAACAACGGUCAUGCUGCGUUCAGUUGUAAAGGCAUCACGUGACGUCACACGGACAAAACGCAUGCUUAUGCCGCUGCCGUAAACACAGCGCAGCGUGUCGUAAAACCGAUUGUAUCAGUGUUGUCAGAGAAGUAAACUGUUAUUGCCAUUUCUAUCCAACCCGCGGUACAUUUCUUGUUUCGAAAUGUGAUAAAAGUUGUUCGGGCUGCGUCUCCACUCGAGCCGGUGCAGUUUAACAACAUGGUGGACGUCGUGUCGGCUUCGAGGAGCCAGAAGAUGAGUUGAUCCCCAGCGAAACAAGCUCGAAAAUGGCAACAUACAACGCCGAAGGAUAUUCUAUUGAGGUGGAGGUGGGCCCAGACAUCCAUAUCUGUGGACUCUGCAAGCAGCAGUAUAAUAAUUUCGACGUUUUUCUCGCCCAUAAGCAAAAUGGAUGCUCCCUACCAACCUCUGACACACCAGCUACCACUGCAACAGCAAAUUUCACAGAUUCCAGCCGUGAGUGUUUUUUCGAGGAAACCUACCAGACCUGUGUCGUGAGAGGUGUCAAAAAGAUCCUGACCAAAGCACAGAAAACACCUUCCAAAAAAUUAAAACCUUCCCUGGCUUCAAAGAGACACAGCUGCUGUUUUUCAGGCUGCACUUUUAAGACGCAGUAUGGACAGAAAGACAUGGAGCGGCAUCUCAAAACCCACACAGGUGAGAAGCCGUUUGAGUGUGAGCUGUGCCACAAGCGCUUCAGUCGGCGGGACAAGCUCAACAUGCACAGCCGCUCUCACACAGGCGAGAAGCCACACAAGUGUAAACACUGUCCCUAUGCAGCGGCAGACAGCAGCAGUUUGAAGAAGCACCUGCGUAUCCACUAUGACGAACGGCCUUUUAAAUGCCAGAUCUGUCCUUACGCCAGCCGCAACUCCAGCCAACUCACCGUCCACCUCCGCUCACACACUGGGGAUGCACCUUUCCAAUGCCAACAGUGUGAUGCAAAGUUCAAAAUCAACUCAGACCUGAAGAGGCACAUCCGGAUCCACUCUGGUGAAAAACCUUACAAGUGUGACUUCUGUGAAUACCGCUGCGCCAUGAAGGGCAACCUGAAAUCUCACAUUCAGAUCAAACAUGGCACAGACAACUCGUUCCACUGUGGGCACUGUGAUUUCCAGUGUGCCAGCAAGAACGCUCUGCGCCAACACACGCGAGAACACCAACCCACUCAGCCCAUCCAGUGUUCCAAGUGCAAUUACUCCUGUGCCAGCAAGGGGGCGCUCAAAGUCCACGAGAGGAUCCACUCUGAGGAGCGCCCCUUUAAAUGUGACUUCUGCAACUUUGCGUCCAAGCAGCGCAGCAACCUAGUCAUCCACAAAAAGAAGUGCCACUCAGAUAAGCCUGAAAAAGGCAGCGGCGGUGGGAAAGGAGGCAAGGGGGGUGGGAAAAGUGGAGGAGGUGAUUCUCCAAAACCUGUCGGCUCCAGAUAUCGGGCCAAACUAGAGGCAGCUCGAGCUUUCUGCUGUGACUCGUGCAACGCUUCCUUUGUGAGGGAAGACUCCCUGCGGAGCCACAAGAAGCAGCACAGAGACACUCAGAAUGUGUUGCAACUGCAGCUUGCCACCCCGUCGGACACAGUCAACUUGGUCACAACGUCACAGAACACCCAGCUCGGAGUUCCUAUCACAUCUGACUCAAUGGCUCCUUACAGCAGUGCACAGCUCAAAAUCAUCGUCUCUCACCCUCUGGGCCAGGAGAUUCCACCUGGUGUGGAUCCACAUAAGACCAACAUGGUCCUGCUUAGCCCAGGAAGCCAGGACAUGGUUGUCAACUCCAUGAUCCAGCAGGUCAACCUGCUCACGCCUAUGCAACCCCUCGGGUCGACCCAGACUGGAGAAGCCACCCUCCAACCCCAGGCGGUUCUGUUGACUGAGCUCAGCCCGGACGACCCAAACAACCCGCUGCAACAGGCCAUGCUGCAGACCGCCAUAACCGCUCAGAACUCCGUCAGUGGCUCGCAGACUUUCAUCACGACGUGUUCUGAGCUGGAAGGCCUCAAUGCCUUGAUUCAGGAGGGCGGCACAGAGGUUACAGUGGUGACAGAAGGGAACACCGCCAUGGUGACCGCGGCGACUCCGCCUGACAUGGUGUGUGGUCCAUCGGGGGACAUGUCCAAGCAGGCGAUGACAGUUAAGGGCAUGCAGAGUGACUUACCCUGUGAGGAAAGUACGUUACUGGUGCCAAACAUCAGCCUGGGCAGCCAGAAUGUGGUCAUUCACGGCGUUCCACUGAUAGUUCAGAGUGCAACUGAGCAGCUUUCUACACACACACUCUACUCAGAUACACACACACUGGAGGGUAUCCCACAAUGAGUGGAGGUUUUAGUGUGUUUUUCAUGAAAAUAAAAAGACUUUAACUGCAUCAUAAGCUAUUUCUCUACCAGUAUAAACUCUUAGGCUUAACGGUUACGUAUGUGCAGGCCAUUAACAGUAACUGCUUUCUUUUCUAGCAAUUUAAUCAUUAACCACUGAAGUAUCAAUACUGUUCACAUUGGAGAUAUAGUUGUUUUAGUUUUCAGAUUUUAGAAUAAGUCAUUGUUGUUGUAGCGUAAUAAUUAAAUUGAGAACGUCGUCAUUGAAUAACUUUUAAAUACUAAAGUUAAUCAUAAAGAUAUGAUUUUGCAUACAUUCUUGAUGGCAUCAAAAUUUAAAUUGAUUUUGUUUCUAAUUAAGAAACAGUUAUGUUUUUCCAGGCAUCAUGUUUAGGGGGAAAAAGUCUGAAUAGUGAAGAAUAAAGCCUGAAACAACUGGACACAACUUGAAAUUGAAUGAAUGUGUUUGUGUUGUGCAUUUCUCCAGCUUGGCCAUUAGGUGGCAGCAGUGUGAUGCGAUAAAGAGUGGCAUUUACUCUGAAAUUGUGGAGUAUUGCAGUGCUUUAGUAUUGAUCCUACAUAUUCUGUAUAUGUAGCUUCUUCUUUCUUUCUUUUUUGGGAAUUGAACAUUUUUCAAGUCCUCAUUUUGAAUCUAGGAAGUAAAAGUUAUUUGUAGAAACCGGACUCCAUACCAAGGUCUCAGUUUCUAAAAGCCAAGUUGCUCUCCUGAUAGAUUUUUCAAUAAAGUGCCUGUUUUGCUCGUGGUUAUCUAUUAUUGUGGCCAUUUUUUACACUCAGACUUCAGCACUUAGUAUUUGCAGAGUGAAGGCUGCACCUGAAUAGGUCUUUCCUAUGAACAGAUGACCAUUGAUUUCUUUCCUGUCCCUCAGCACUAAUGGCUCUGCUGAUGCAGACUCUGGCUCAGCAUGGCUACAGACUCGGAUGAAGUUGUUUGAUGGAGGACUCUUAGCCAGAAAUGAAGUUUCACCUCACAGUUGGUUUGUGUGGAAAAAGGGGACAUGGUACUGCUAGAAUAGGAGUAUAAGAACUGUACCCCGUUUGUUACUGAAACAGGUUGUGACAUUAAAUUGUACGUAUUUUAAAUAA